AUAGGUCAUCGCACGGAAGUCGGUUCGUUUCGUUCGUCGGGAUAGGCUGUUCGUCGGGUGCUUCGUUCACUAGUCACUUACCAAUUCAACAUUCCAAAGGCCGGGUCUUCUUACCGCCUCUUCGACACUGUCCUCUGGUACUUGCUUAGCGACCACACACAACGCCAAACGUCACCAUGUACGCUUGCACCAGAUUCAUCGCACCCCUCGCCAGGUCGACCUUGGUCUCUGGAACCAAGAAUUACAUCCGGCCGCUGAGCAGUGCCGUGGCCAGCCACAGCCAGUCCCUUCAGCAAAAUCAACUUCAAUCGCCAGUCAGUGUUUCGCCGUUCGUGCGUAAUUUCCAAACUUCCAUGAUCAGCCGAGACAUUGACUCUGCUGCAAAGUUCAUUGGUGCUGGUGCAGCUACCGUUGGUGUUGCUGGAUCAGGUGCUGGAAUUGGAUCUGUGUUUGGUUCUUUGAUCAUCGGUUAUGCCAGGAAUCCAUCUUUGAAACAACAAUUGUUCUCAUAUGCCAUCUUGGGCUUUGCCCUGUCCGAGGCCAUGGGUCUCUUCUGCCUUAUGAUGGCUUUCCUGCUCUUGUUCGCAUUCUAAGUCACCAAAAACUGCAUAAGAAAAAUUGCUGAUAGUUUUAGUGCGUCAUUGCCAAGGCAGCAUCUUCUGGCUCUUAAGGGGAACAGCAGGAGUUGUCAUUGGUGCUCGGGAUGCCAUGAAAUCGUUAGAGAUGCUCAAGUAUAUGGUUUGAUGGGGUAUGCGAUGGUACGAGAAUGAAUGGGAUUAUGGUGGCUGUACACGUGUUAAAUCACUAAUCGUACUGUCCUAACCUCUUCAACCAUUCAAUUCAUUUGUAAUCAUUUCAUGGUCUACUGUCUCAUGUAGCGUAUAACUCACAUUGUUAUAAUUCAGUGUAAUGAAUGAAUAAGAACAUUAAUGAAAGUUUAUUAAAAAACGACAGCCUCACCUGCAUACCCAUGUACGCACCUAUCACGUUAAUAACGAUCCAGGAAGUAGUACACUUUGAACAUUUUUGUUACCCAAAUGGUUCAUCAUUGUUGUGUCGCCGUGUGCGCACGUUGUUGAGGUAACUCAUGACGAAAAAAACUGUACAGUGAUAUCGAAUAAACACUUUUGUCGUGAAGA